AUGGUCCAGCUACCCAGGGUGGUGAAAAGGGUCAAGGUCGACGCGACCAACAACGCCCUACCGCUGACCAGCGCAGAGAUCGGCGCAACCCUCGCGAGCAUCGCGACACGCGUCAAGAUCAUCGAGACCGACCUGGUGUACAAGGCGGCAAGAAGAAGCAUGACCGUCACCAAGAACACGGCAAGUGGUGUUCAUUCCACAAAUCAAGCUCGCACGAUUCCAGCGAAUGCUUUGCCCUCAAGAAGCAACGCGAAGAGCACAAGCCUGCCGGAGACGAAACGAACUGCUCACAAAAAGAGUAAUUACCCAAGAUUCGAAGAGGAAGAGGCAAGCGACAGUGACAGCGACAGCGAGCUUAAGCUUGUCGGCCUUGUCAAGAAGAAGCAACCGAGCGCCAAGCUCGCCCCACUCCGGAUCCCGGUACAAUUCAAAGACGCGAGUGGCACCUUCAAUGCCCUGCUAGACAGUGGUGCUUCGCGGAGCAUAAUCAACCAAGAAACUAUGCGAGCUAAUGCUCAGCUUGGGCAUAGACAAGUCGAGUCGGCGACAAAGUUUCAGACGGUCAACGGAGAAGUCGCUAGUGCUGGUAGUACGAUUGUACAGUUCCGCUUUCCGUCUCUCCAGCCUUCGACCAUAAUCACGCACAAGUUCGAAAUUCUGGAUCAGAGCCAGGAUGCCAUGGUGAUCGGUCGUGAUAUCCUGAAUGAACUAGGAAUCGUGCUCAAUUUUAAAGACAAACUGGUUCAGUGGGAUGGUCACGAUACACAUUUAAACACCGGCGGGUCAUCGUCUCCCAACGCAAGUGAUUAUGAAUUCCCCGAAGAGAGCAAAGAAGUCGAUAACACUGCAGUGCGACCAGAAGACCUCAUGCCAGACAGGCUAUCCAAGCCACUCGUCGGCAAAUAUCUCCAGCUUCUUCGCGAUAACGAGCAUCUCUAUGACGGUCACUUGGGGAGGAUGAGAUUCGAAGACUACGCUCUACCAAUAGUGCCGGAGUACAAGCCUGUACACGCAAAAACCUUAUCCAGUCCCAAGAAGCCUCGAAAACAAGGCUCGAGAGCUCAUCCAGCAUUUGGUCAGCAUCGACGUGCUGGAGCAGAUUUUUGA